UCACGCUCUUUCUCUCUCCAGUUCGUUCAUGGCUAUCGCCAGCGCUUUCUGCACUUCUCUCCGAUCAGCGAUCUCCGACGCCGAUUCCGGCGUGUACUCUCCUAAUCUACCUCAAUUUGCUGCCGCCAAGUUGCACUCCUCUGCCGCCUUUCUCACAUUUUCCAAUGCCGUUGUCUCCGUUUCUAGCCGGAGAAGGUACAAUGUUUCGUGCACUCUUGAUGGUGUUGAUAGUUUGUCACCAGUAUUAAAAGACGAACAGGGAUCUGUUUCUAUUCCUUUGCCAAUUGUUCAGAUAAUUCAGGAUCCUGAAUGCGAUGCAACCACUGUGGAAAUUAGCUUUGGUGAUCGGCUAGGUCUUCUCAUUGACACGAUGAAGGCACUCAAAGACUUGGGCUUGGAUGUUGUGAAAGGAGUUGUUACGACCCAGGAUUCAGUGAAAAAGACAAAGUUUCUUAUUACACGAUUGGAUACCGGGCGCAAAGUUGAAGAUCCUGAUUUAUUGGAGAACAUUCGUUUGACCAUAAUCCAAAACCUUAUCAAGUAUCAUCCAGAGUCCAGCGAGCGGCUUGCCAUGGGUGAGGCUUUUGGAAUAAAAGCACCAGAAAAGAAGCCGGAUGUUGAUAUCGCGACUCAUAUACAUGUUAAGGAUGAUGGACCUAAGAGGAGUAUGCUGUAUGUUGAAACAGCUGAUCGAUCUGGUUUGCUGAUGGAAGUCAUCAAAAUAAUGGCCGAUAUUAACAUUCAUGUUGAAUCAGCAGAGAUUGAUACAGAAGGUCUAAUUGCAAAGGACAAGUUCUAUGUCAGUUACGGUGGAGCAGCAUUAACUCGUUCUAUGUCUCAGGUGCUUGUAAACUGCCUGCGCUAUUACCUUAGGAGGCCUGAAACAGAUGAUGAAAGUUACUAGCCAGCGCCCAUCCUUGUAUGUACACUAUAUGUAUAAACCUUGUUUGCCAAUCAAUGCAAGGGCUUGAGUCAUCUCAGUUGUCAUGUAA